AUGUAUGGUAAAGUCACAACGACAAGCACGAUGCAGUUGUAUUCUGAGAUGUCGCUGAAAAUUCCGGGCGAUUUGUCUGGCGGAUUGUACUUCCUCAAUGGGAGGCGAACUACAAUUGAGAGUACCAAAACUUUCGACGUUAUUGAGCCCCGCAUCGGUGCCGUUAUUGAGAAAUGCCCAAUUGCUGACCAGGAGACGGUGAAUCGAGCAGUUCACUUUGCGGCCGCAGCGCAGCAAAGUUGGGGUAACCUAACUCCACUAGAGCGAGGCAAAGUGCUGCACAAAGUCGCCGGAAUCAUAAGGGAAAACCUCGAAGAAAUUGCUCGCUGGGAGGUAAAAACUAAUGGAAAACCUAUCUAUGAGGCUCGAGUGGACAUAGAGUCGUCUGCAGAUACCUUCGACUUCUUUGGCGGCGUAGCUCCUGCUGUUUUGCAAGGAGACCAUAUUGACAUACCCGGGGGACCGACCAGCAGACUGGCAUAUACUCGCCGUGAACCCUACGGAGUUGUCGGAUGCAUAGGAGCAUGGAACUAUCCAUUCCAGACCUGCGUAUGGAAGGUAGCUCCAGCCUUAGCUGCCGGGAACGCCGUCGUCUACAAGCCGUCACCGUUCGCAACCGCAUCCCCAGUGCUACUCGGAGAAAUCCUCUCCGCUGCAGGAGUACCAGAUGGGGUCUUCAACGUGGUGCAGGGAGAAGCGGAAACGGGCAACUUCUUGUGUAUUCACCCGCUGAUUCGCAAACUUUCGUUUACCGGUUCUGUUGUCGGCGGAAUGGCUGUACAAAGACAGGCAGCUGCAGCAAAUGUGAAACCGGUAACACUUGAACUCGGAGGCAAGUCAGAACUUAUCAUAUUCGAUGAUUCUGAUGUUAAAAGUGCUGUCGCCGCUACGAUGCUGGCCAAUUUUCUUAAUCAGGGACAAGUGUGCACAAAUGCAACUCGUGUGUUUGUUCAACGAGGUAUUCUCGAAUCAUUCACAGCCGCACUUUUGAAGGAAUGCGAUGAGAAGCUUAAAGUUGGCGAUCCACUCAACGAGGAUACGCGAGUCGGUGCCAACAUAAACGAAACUCAUCUGAACAGGAUUCUUGAUUUCGUCGAAAGUGCUAAACAAGAGGGAGGUCAGCUGCUGCGCGGCGGGAAACGUUUGCAUCCAGAUGGUGUUAAAAAUGGCUACUACUUUGAACCAGCAGUAAUCAUCGGACUAAAGGAUGACGCUCGUGCGGUUCGCGAGGAGAUUUUCGGUGCCUGCUGCUUGCUGCUACCGUUCGACACAGAAGAAGAGGUUGUGAAGAGAGCAAAUGACACUAUGUAUGGGCUUGCGGCCGGCGUCUUCUCCGGUAACCUUGCUCGCUGCCAUCGAAUCGCCACGCAACUUCAAGCCGGUACCGUCUUUAUCAAUACGUACAACGAUACAGAGGUGAACGUACCUUUCGGUGGCUACAAGAACUCCGGACAUGGUCGUGAAAACGGCUUGGACACAUUACGAGCAUACAGCCAAGUCAAAGCUAUCUACGUCAACAUCCAAGACACUACUGAACAUUGCUUCUAG